AAAUAAAUGAGAGUAAAAUUGCAACGCCAGUCAGCAAUUCCAGUUUUGUUUUGGCCAAAAAGAAAAGAAAAUGGCAAUUAAAAAAAUAAGCAACCAUCAGCCCCGAUGAGAAGCCUUGUCCAAGGGUUCUAAGGAGGUUUUAAGCUAUAGUCAUGGGUGCUGUAUUCUCUUCAACGACGACGACGACCGCAAACUCAAUCGAUUCUCACAGUUCCAAUUGUACCAUGGCCUCUGCAGAUCCCAAAUCCCCAGAAUCAGCUACUCAUAUUCCCCCAAAGGAUGAAAUGUCAAAAGAAGCCACAAAUUCCUCAAUUGGCACCCAAACCCCAGAAGAAUCAGAUCAAGCUACGAAACCUACUGAGGAAGAAGAAGAGGAGGGAGAGUGUGGGUUCUGUUUGUUCAUGAAAGGGGGUGGGUGCAGAGAUGCUUUUAUAGAGUGGGAGAAUUGCGUCAAAGAGGCCGAAACUAACGAGGAGAAUGUUGUGGACAAGUGCUUUGACGCGACUGCUGCCUUAAGGAAGUGUAUGCAGGCUCAUGCUGAUUAUUACGAGCCUAUUUUGCAGGCGGAGAAGGAUGCAGAAGAGAGGGUCAUGAAGGAAUUGGAGAAGGAAAAGGCAUCCGAAUCAAAUGUGGCCGAGAAGAAAACAGAGAAGGUUGUGGAUUCCAAAGAUUCGAUAAGUGGUAAAUGAGAAAGCUAGGUGAUUUUUGAUUUUUUUUUUCUCCCCUUGAAAGAGAAAUUCCUUUUGUUUAUGCUAAUUUUGGAGCUAAUUAAUGCAAUAGAACGAAUUAGGAAUUGAGAUUUACUUCCUAUUAUCGAUAUGGAUAUCGGGUUAAUAGGAGACGAUAACUAAAGAAAAUGUUAGAACAAAUGAAUGGUGAUUACUUUCAGUUGUAUCUACAUUUAAUUUAACAAUCAUUUUUUGGUUAUUGAUGUGUUUUUGGCUGACUA